GAUUCAUGGAGUGGCCUUUGGGACACACAACAGCAGGCACAGUUCAAUUGAGGCUGUUUGACCGUGCGUAAAAGCCAUAUUGACCGGAGGGGGGGAAACCCGACUAGCCAUUUUGACCAAUAUUUUUGCCAAGGGCGCAGAGAUAGUCUGAGCAUUUUCUAUUAAUGUUUAAAUGCCAUCCUCCCGUUAGGAAUUGACUCACUGUCACUACAGCGUGUGGUCAAAGAUUGUCACUGCGAGGAACUAUUCACUGCUUGGAUAUGUCACCCUAUUAAAUGACAGCGAAAUUACGGGUAGGUUUGCCAGUUCUGUAGUGACCUCCCACUGAAACACUAUCCAGGGACGGAUCACAACUAUUCUCGCUCUGACUGAUGUGUAUUUUGCAAAUAUGAUGAUGUCACCAACUCGACACUUUCUUCAACCGAUAGUCAUGGCGGAGCAGCAAUUCCUAAACUUUCACUGAUCACUGAAGUCCAUUGAGGUCUAUGGCGAUGGCGCACAUCCAGGGGGCCUUGAAGUCUCUGAGCAAUGGCUUUGGGUUCAAGGACUCUGUGUUUGAUGAAGCGUGUAUGUCCCCCACCCUCAUCAAGGGCUUCCACCAGAGACGCGCCUCGGACGAUGGCAAGCUCCCGGACUCCUCCAAGGCCAGCAGCACAAUACGGGUCUACCUACCCAAUCAGCAGCGCACCGUGGUGAACGCGCGCCCAGGCAUGACCUUGCACAGCUGCCUCAUCAAGGCCCUGAAGGUCAGAGGGCUUCAGCCUGAAUGCUGUGCUGUCUUCAGACUCACCCCAGGCCAGAGAAGCAGGAAGGCUCGUAUGGACUGGAGUACAGACUCUACCUCACUCACAGGAGAGGAGCUGCUGGUGGAGGUGUUGGACCACGUACCUCUCACCACACACAACUUUGUUCGGAAAACUUUUCUGAAGUUAGCCUUUUGUGACAUCUGUCAGAAGUUCCUUCUGAAUGGCUUCCGCUGCCAGACUUGUGGCUAUAAGUUCCACGAACACUGCAGCACCAAAGUGCCCACCAUGUGUGUGGACUGGAGCAACAUACGACAGCUCCUGCUGUUCCAAACUCCAGGUGAAGGAGGGGGUCCAUCCCUCCCCCCUCUCACCAGUCGGCGAAUGAGAGACUCCUUAUCCAGGUUCCCAAUCAGCUCCCACCACAGACAUUCGACGCCUCACGCCUUCAACUACAUCGCCCCGUACCCCCCGGCGGGCGUCAUGCCCCCCUUACGCCAGCGGUCCACCUCCACGCCCAACGUACACAUGGUCAGCACCACCAUGCCUGUUGACGGCACCGCCUUCGAGCUAGAUAGACUGAAAGCGCCUGCUAGCUCUUGGAGUCGGCGGUUUGGCCACAGGAGAAGAGUAGGGACCGUUUCUUUCUCCAAUCCCUUAAGCGAUACUGCCACCGCCCAACAAGAGUCGCCACGGCCCAAAAAGGACGCAUUAAGAGGUCAUGAGUCAGGGAGCCCUCCUAACCUGAGUCCUACAGGCUGGGCCACCGCUCAGCCUAAGCCCCCGACUCCCAUGCACAGGGAGAAAUCUGCCUCCUCCAGCACUCAGGAAAAGAACCGCAUCCGUCCAAGGGACAAGAGAGACUCCAGCUAUUACUGGGAGAUCGAGGCCAGCGAGGUGGUUCUGCUGUCCCGGAUAGGCUCCGGCUCAUUUGGGACCGUCUACAAAGGGAAGUGGCACGGUGAUGUGGCAGUUAAAGUCUUAAAGGUGGCUAACCCCACGCCCGAGCAAUUCCAGGCCUUCAGGAACGAGGUGGCUGUUCUCAGGAAGACUCGGCAUGUGAACAUCCUGUUGUUCAUGGGUUACAUGACGCAGGGCAACCUGGCCAUCGUCACCCAGUGGUGUGAUGGCAGCAGCCUCUACAAACACCUGCACGUCCAGGAGACCAACCUGCAGAUGUUCCAGCUCAUCGACAUCGCACGGCAGACCGCUCAGGGCAUGGACUAUUUACAUGCGAAGAAUAUCAUUCAUCGGGACAUGAAAUCCAACAACAUCUUCCUCCAUGAAGGCCUGACUGUGAAGAUUGGAGACUUUGGUCUGGCCACGGUGAAGGCGAGGUGGAGCGGCUCACACCAGGUAGAACAGCCCACAGGAUCCAUACUCUGGAUGGCUCCAGAGGUCCUUCGUAUGCAGGACAACAACCCAUACAGCUUUCAGUCGGACGUAUACUCCUAUGGGAUAGUCCUGUACGAGCUCAUGACGGGAGAACUGCCUUAUUGCAUGAUUGCUAAUCGAGACCAGAUCAUCUACAUGGUGGGCCGGGGCUACCUGUCCCCUGACCUCAGUAAGCUCUACAAGAGCUGCCCCAAAGCCAUGAAGAGGCUCGUCGCUGACACCAUCAAGAAGACACGGGACGAGCGGCCUCUAUUUCCUCAGAUCCUGUCGUCCAUUGAGCUGCUGCAGCACUCGCUCCCCAAGAUCAACCGCAGUGCCUCGGAGCCCUCGCUGCACCGUGCCACCCACACCGAGGACAUUAACGCCUGCACUCUGACCUCCACGCGACCCCUGCCCAUCUUCCAGCACAGCACCGCCAUGGCCUCAGCCACCGCCUCCAUCACGGGCACACUCCCUCGAGGCUCUCUGCAGUCGGACGAGCUGCCCAUGACGCUAGCAUGAGGACAGAUGGCUUCUGGCCAGGCCACCAAGUGGCCUUUCAAGUGGCCUUUCAAGCACAUUUAACAUUACAGGGGCUGAGGCCGAGGAGGAGGCUGAUUGACUGUUGUUGCACACGUUUUUUUUUUUCUUUUUCUUUUUUUUUCCUCGAGUAUGUGGACUUUAUUUCCGUGAUGAUGGGUGAAGCAUUUGGAUAUGAGAUUGGAUGAUAUUUGAGGGGGGGUGUCUAAAUAUGAAUCUGCAAUAUGAAGACAAAAGACCCGUGGAGAAAUGCAUCCUGUUGCAAUCAGGCUCGGUUCUAAUCACAUGGGCCCCUUUGUAUUGUACCAGAACUUUGUGUCAGUGUGUGCGUGUGUGGGGGGGAGAGGGGGGGAAGAAGGGGUUCGAUAUGAAGGAAUGGAAUGAGGUUUAUAUUUUAAAUCUGCUGUUCCUUGUUUUUGACAUGUAUUUGAUUUAUGAAAGGACGGUGUGUGUUUGUGUGUGUGGGUGCGUGUUUCUUAAGUCCGACCUGAAUGAAAGGGGAUGGAUGGAUGGAUGUCUGCUCAGGUCUCUCUCCCUGUCCAGUCUAAGAAAUGUAGCAAUUUGAAUGUCAUCCGUCCAUGGGUCAGUGUCCCAAAAUCACAGUUCACCAAAGUUGGCCGUUUUUGUAGGGUUGAAUACAACUGCCCAAUGUCAGCCAACUAAGGUUCUAGGUUCUAGCUGGUCAGUGGCUGUGUUGUUUUGGAGACUCUACUCAGGGGCCUAUAUGAAGAAGCUGGUUCAGGAGACAACCAGGUUAAGUUAAGAGGUAAAUCAUCUAAUUGAAAAACCUGGAUUCCCAUUUUCCUCACUGUCUUAAGAAAAUGAGGACUUCUAGUAGAAGAUUUACCUCUUAAUUUAACCUGGAUUACUCCUGAACCAGCUUCUUAGUAUAGGCACCAGGUCAGCGGCUAUACUCUACGACUCUACUCAGGUCAGUGUGUAUGUGCUAGUGCACAGCAGGGGGUGCAAGUCAAACUAGGUCCUUGUGUCCACAUUAAUUACUUCAUAAUUCAUGAGCUCUGACCAAUUGCUGACAGUUGACGUUCAUGACAUAUGUUAUAUUAUACUCCCAAUGGCGUCCGCUUAUUGGCUGGUAACAUCGACCCUCUGGUGGUCGACUGAAAACCCUCCUCAGAGAAGUGUAAAGAGACCAUUCGUGAAUUACAAGGUAAUUAAAAAAGGAAUGGUCGAGGUUGUCAGGCUAGUUGAUUGUGGCCUUGUUACAUAAAGGUGAUGAUACACUAGACAACUUUUUGAGCAACGCUUUUGGGCAACGUUACGAUAAGAUUUUAUUUCGACAGUUUAUCACUACCACACUUCUAUCAGGAGAACUCGGAUCAGCAGUAGACACAUUUUCUCCUUCUCAGAAAAAUAGUAGCCAAUUAGCAACAUUGCUCACUAAGUUGCCCUGUGUAUCAUCCUCUUACAGCUCAACGUCAGUGAUGAUUGAAGUUUUAUUCAUGUCUUGCAGAAUCAAAGGACGUUUGACAGAAUUUGACUCCCACCCCAGCUCUCUGACAGUGUAGAUGUACAGUUUUAAUGGUGGGAACAGUUCUGUAUUUCCCAUUCAUUGUGAGAUGAUGGUGAUGAUGUUUGAUGAUGAAGAGGCAUUGGGUUUCCCCUUUCUGUGCACAGGGUAUUUGUAUGGCUGGUUUUUUUUUUUUUUUGCUUUGUAGGAAUGCUGCAAUGAGAUUCUUUCAGACUCUUGUACGAGCCUGAGGCUGUCACAGCGUAGGUCAAAUGAUGAUGAUGAUGAUGACGAUAGGGCCUUGAAAUGAAAUCAUUAGGGAUUUUAUUUGGUCUUAUGGCUUGUCACUGAGGAUAAACUCAUAAACUUGAAAGAUUUGUUUAUCCGUCGUAUUUUAAUAAAAUUAAGUUAAAUACUUUA